CCCACCCGCCUCCACGGCAUCCCGCCCGACAUCCAGGAGCUCCGCAGUUUAGAAUUUCUAUACCUUGGAGGGAAUUUCAUUACUUCAAUUCCACCUGAAUUAGCAAACCUGCCUUCUCUAAGCUAUCUAGUUCUGUGUGACAACAAGAUCCAGAGCAUUCCACCUCAGCUGGCACAGCUGCAUUCCCUGCGUUCCCUUAGCCUGCACAAUAACCUGCUGACUUACCUUCCUCGAGAGAUCCUUAACCUGGUUCACCUGGAAGAGCUGAGCUUGCGUGGGAACCCACUGGUGGUUCGGUUUGUCCGUGACCUGACCUACAAUCCCCCAAGCCUUCAGGAACUGGCUGGACGCACAAUUAAAACUCGCAAUGUUCCCUAUGCUCGCAGCGAUCUCCCGGAGAAUCUUGUCCGGUAUCUGAGCUUGGCCAGCAACUGUCCCAAUCCUAAAUGUGGGGGUGUCUACUUUGACAGCUGCGUCAGACAAAUCAAGUUCGUUGACUUCUGUGGGAAGUAUCGCCUCCCGCUGAUGCACUACCUGUGCUCCCCAGAGUGCUCCUCUCCCUGCAGCUCUGCCUCACAGAGCUCUACUUCCCAGAGCGAGUCUGACUCUGAGGACGAAGCCAGCGUCGCUGCGCGCAGGAUGCAGAAAGUCCUUCUGGGAUAACAGGGAGCGAGAGGGGAAGAUGGGAAGGAAAAAGUAUUUGAAAAGCAAUAACGGAACAGCGAAGCAUGAGCCUCUGGCCUGAAGGGCUCACGAGAAACUGUCCUCAAGUCCAUGUAAGGGCCAGGACAUCUUAGCAAGCCUAGACUUGCUUGGUGCAGUGCUACUUAGGAGAACUAACUCAGUGGCAUACUGCCUGUGGGGUGCCUGGGGUUGUUAGAAACAUCUCCUGUCUGGUAGACACCCCACCUCCCUCGUACAGGCUGGGGAGGGGGAUUUGUUCUCACUGGCGGAUUGAGAAGGAUUUUAAUAUAUGACACUUCACUGGACUUCAGUCAUCCUGCAGAGCAAAGGAGACUGUCCAGAUCUUUUAACACUGUGGUAAACCAGAAACAGGCUAAUGAUGCCAUGUGAGUAUGUAUGGACCCCAAUGUUUUAGAUAGCGUUUUGAUUCUUUGCUGUCUCCUUUGAUUUCAGUUACAGAUUUUACACCCAUCCGCUAAAAAUGGGAGCUGGGUUUUUUUUUGUUCAGGAGUAGAUUUUUCCAAACUCUGGUUACUCUUCCUUUGCCUAGAGGCGUAGGGUCUCCGUGCUGUUACAGCCAUCAUAGAACUGAGCCACCUUUUUUCUCCCUUGUUACACCAAGCUGCUCUUAGUGUUUCCUCCUAACUGUAUUCAUUGUUUUUCCUCCCUCUGCCUCUUUCCGUUACACCUGCAGUGUUGCUGUCUUUAUGGUGCCUUCAGAAAACAGACGAGUUGUUCUGUUGAGACUUGGUAUUACUUCAGACUUGUGGCCGUACAUGCCUGUGCAAGGGACCAGAUGUGGUGCUCUGUAUCAUGUUUUUGAGUCUCAGCUUACUGGAGCAAAUCUGCUUUUAUAUCUGUGAAUUGCAGGAAAGGUCUUGAUUGACUUUUCUUGUUUCUAAACAACUAUGUCCCCCUGUUGCUGCUAACUCUGCUAUGCUUGUUGGGACAGAGUUACUUUCCAUCUUUAAGGUCAUCUGCUUAAAGUAGGCAGCAGCUUAAUGAAUUGGAAGUACUGAGAGAAGUGUCAUGGAGAAUGGGCUUUUUUCUUAUUUUUAACGUGAGAGGAGAAGCUGGUAGGGAGGCUAAGGCACGUUGUCUGAGCAUCUUGCACGAGGUGGUUUUGAAACCUCUUCCUUAUUUAUUUGCGUAAUAGCUUUGGCAGUCUGUUGGAUUGUUCAAAUAACACAUUCAGUUAUCUUAAACUAUGUUUAAAGGAAAGCUGCAGAAAAUAGCUCAGAAUUUUUAAGUAUCAAGAAAUAGCUUAUAAAAAUUAAUAUUAUGAAUUGACAGGUAUCUAUAAAUCUACUUUAUGGGGCUGUUGUGUGUGUUGCUCAGUGAGAGCUGCCCCUUUAUUAAUAUUUCAUGGCAGACAGUCCGUUUGAUGCGGUUUCAGAUAGAGCAAAUACAACUGUACCUUCGAAUGCACGAGCAGAGCAAAUACAUUGUGUUAAGAAACUAAAUGAACAAGAAAAACUUUUCUUAACCCCCUUUGGCCCUAUGGGGGAAAAUUAAAAACCUGUGCUCCUCUCCUGCAUUCAGAAAAUGCAUGUACCUAGUUGAACAUCUUACAGCAGCUCUGUGUUAAUGGUCCUGUUUAAUUAUAUUUGACACUUUAUAUAUUAAAGCACUUUGAUAAUUCUACUCUUUGUAACUAGCUUUAGUGAUUAUUUUUUUUUUUUUUAUUAGACUACGAUUUAAUGUGACCUGAAGAACAAGGUCUGUGAAACUUUGUACGUUCCAGUCUGUCUUGGUGUGCAGGUUGAACUUCUUGCCUUGCAUUUCCUUGACAGCACUGCUCAUUUCCCCGGUUUCCUUUGGAGAGAACUGGAAUUUGAAAGAAAUGAACUGGUUGUAAAAUAGCACCCCGUGCGUUAUUAAUCAUUGCAACUUAGUCUGAAGAUUCCCCACAUGCACAGAUCCACAAGGAACUAAACUGCACAUGCUCUCUGCCUUUCCAAAUAAUUUUUUUGAAGUAUAUUUUUAAGACACAAUAAGGUGUAUGUGCAAAGCAACUGGAUGUCACUUUAGCAAGUUCUGUGAGGUUUGCUUGGGAAGAAGAACCUACAGAUUUUGAGAGAAACCGACUGCAUGCUGUUAGAUUGGGAUCAGUGAGUGGCCUGUGUCUUGUUCUUCAUCUCCUCUUUCAGAUGCUUCUUCCUGUCCCAAGUGAAUAUCGUCAUACCAAUGCUGAAGGACAGUAAACUGAUUGCAGAGCCACAAUUUCAAAUUGGCUGCUAGUAUAACAGUAGUGAGCAACUGAGUGAUCUAGAGCUUGGCUCUUCUGCUAGUGAAAGUGAGCCACACAAGUUGAGAUCUCAAGAUCUUUUGAGCUCAGGGCCAUGAGGUACCACCUUCCUUUCUUUUCUUUAGCAGCAGGUGUCUUGAAAUCAUGUACUUUUUCGCUUCACGAAGUUAGAUUUCACCACGGUUCCUGUUUGCACAGUAGCACCUCUGUGUGUGACGGGUUACUACCAGUGGUGGCUGGUUCUAAUUUAGCUUGAUCCUUCACUGCAUUUUCUUUCCUAACUGAACAGGCAUCCCAUUUCUGCCCCAAUUCUAAUAGGGCUAAUAGGCUAAUCUUUUUUUCACAGCUUCUUCACUGUAGCCAGGUCAAAACUUGACAGUUUAUGCAGUUGAUAUCUCUAUGCAUUUUUAGACUUGAUAAAAUGUCUUGUCUCUUUAAAAAUUUAUAUAUAUUCCCAAAUAUAGCUACCAAUUUUUCUUUUUGCUGCUGGGCUUUAAAGUGCAAUUCAAGUAAGUCAGAAUUUAAAACAAUCAAGGACUUGUAAGAAAAACAAAUGGUGGGUUGGUUGUGGUUUUGUUUUUUUUUUCCUCCGGAGGUGGAUUUGAGAUGACUAGGGAUGCAGGUUUGUACUGUAGUGCCUAAUGUACUGAGUGGGAGUCAAGUUUUUCCAGCAAUUGUUAGCCCCCAAAGCCUGGAAAAUGUACUGGGCAAUAAAAUAGGUAAGACAAAACUUAAAGAUACACUGCUGGAUGGUUCCUACCAUCCCCUUCUCAGGGGCCCUGAGAAGCAGACAGUGGUUUUGCCAGCAUUAUAGCUCUCUGUCAGUUUUAAAGAGUGGAUUUCAGUUCUUACAGAUGCAUCUCUGAGUGAAGUCUUCAGUCAGUGUUUUGGUAUCAGUCCCCUUGUUGCUACAGCAGCCCAGCACGUCCAGCUCUUGAAACUCUUCUUAAGCCGAGACACAAGUACGUGAAGCAAAGUUGCUCAUUCCUUCUUCCCCGCGGGGUCCGGGGCCCUGCCUGCAUUCAUCCUCUGCCCCGCCAUCUCUCUGCCAAGGGGAGCUGCUGGUGCAUUUCUGAAUGCAGGUACUUAAUGUGAACAAUGGGGUCAUGUUAAAAAAGAAGCAAAAUAUCAAUUUGACUGGAAGCAACUUACACAGUUGCCAAUUCUUUUAUGUUUCUCUUUCUUUAAUAAGAAGUGAGACUUGAGGAAGUCAGUAGUGAAUAUUUAAACAUACUCUGAAGUGGCCAGAUGCAGUUUUUCAUGGGCUUCUGUCCUGGUCAUUUUAAGUCUUUGAAAUCUUGUGUUGAAUUAUAAUGGGAGUGGGGGGGAGGGAGGGGAGAACCAGCUCCUUUUUGUUCCUUACUCUUGUUGGCAAUAAUGAAUGGAAGGAACUUAAUCCAAUGAAAGUAAUGAAACUUAAUCCCUGCAAUGUGUCUUUGUUACCCAGUUGAAAGAACUAUUUUAAUGCAUCUUAUUCACACCAUGCCCUCCCUCCCCAACUGAAGAUACUUCAAAUAGACUACUUCAGAAUGCACACUAAUACAGCAGUAACUCUAUCUUGGAAACCUUUCUAUUGAUUAUUUCAUUUGCCUGCCUGACUAGAGGAUUGAUCUUUUACUGACCUGAACAUUAAGGGUAGAAAGGGUUCUCGUCCAACCCUCUUGUUGAAUUUUUAUCAUGAGCAUUUGUUUUAGGAAGUCUUAAAGUGCCUUAUGUUUUUAAAAGUGUAUUUUGCUAGAAAUGUAUGAAUGUAGAAUAUCUCUAACAGUAUUUCAUUAUGAGCUGUAAAACAAAUUGCAAACACUAAACCAAAAAUGUUAUUUC